GCUAUCUUCUUUAACUUGUUGCUGCGCACAUAGAAGAGCAGUCUUGUGUGAAAAGUCAGCGACUCUCUCUCUCUUCAAAAAAGCAUAAACCAUUCUUUCUUUGUUUUGUUUGUUAUUGAUGAGAAGAAAGAGCAUCGAUCCAUUUUAACCUUCAACUUAAAAAAAAUCUGUUUCUUUGCUUGUAACCAAAACCCAUCUCCACUCUUACCUUAAAAAAUCAAGCACUUUGAGAAAUUUUGCAUGUUUUACGUCUGUGAGCAAAGGGAGAGGAGAGACUAUAGAUAUGUUGAUAUCUAUAUGUUAAAAUGAUAGAAUCGGUUCUUUCUUACAUGUGUUUUUUGCAUUAAUAUAGCAUGUGCACCGUCUUCGGCCUACAAAUGGAGAAUUACCAAGGCGAUUUAAACGAUAUAGUUCGGGCAAGUGGUGGUCCGAUGGGGUGUGCCUCCGCUCAAGCCUCAGAUACUGUUCCUGCUUCAAGCUGGCGGCAAUUCCCCUCCGAUCCGUUGAAUUUUUCAUCGUCAUCCAUGGACGAUCAUAGCGUAAUCGCUUUUGGUGACCCUUUCUCCGCUGUCAGAGAUCCACUUUUUCAUGAGCUUGAUGUCGCAGCUGGUUCAUCAACCUACUAUAGCAGCCAUAAUUCAACUGAUCAAAUGAUUAAUAAUACCGGCAGCACUACCGUUGAAGAUACUUCAAACUUUUCCGGUGCAAGUAAUAUUGUUGGUUUUGGUCAUCAUAGUAAGAUUUUUGAAGAUGAUAUGAGAAGUCCUUGCAACAUUCUUUCUCGGAUUCAGAUCUCUCCAAGCUCUAGUAAGCUACCUGUGUCGCCCUGUGAUUCGCCAGUGAUGGGUUCUGGUGUUUACCCAAGGGGAAUUAAGGUGCCUGCUGUGCUCCCAAGCGAAAUGAUUGAUGCAAGCAGCUCAAAAAGUUGCUUGAUUGAUAACACAGGCCCAUUGCAGAUCUCUUCUCCGCGGAACCUGGGCAUGAAGAGAAGGUUAGGAAAGAGCCAGGCCAAGAAGGUGGUUUGCAUUCCAUCACCAGCAGCUACAAACAGCAGGUCUAGUGGAGAAGUAGUCCCCUCGGACCUGUGGGCAUGGAGAAAGUACGGGCAGAAACCCAUCAAAGGUUCUCCUUAUCCGAGGGGCUACUACAGAUGCAGCAGUUCCAAAGGCUGCUCUGCGAGGAAGCAAGUCGAGCGAAGCCGAACUGAUCCCAAUAUGCUGGUUAUCACCUAUACAUCUGAGCACAACCAUCCAUGGCCAACACAAAGAAAUGCUCUUGCAGGCUCUACAAGGUCUCAGCCAUCCAAAAACAAUGCUUCUGCUUCCAAGAUCAGCUCACCAUGUUCUCAGCCCCAAAAUACAGUAAACCCAAAGGAAGAGCUUAAAGAAAGCAGCAAUGAUGCUUUAUCUCCGGCGGUUGCUGCUAGCUCAACUGCAAGUGCACCAGUUAAAGAAGAGAUUGAGGACAUUGAGAAGCAGCUGGAUACAGAUGACUCUGAAUUUGGCGAAGGGAACCCUCAAACUUACAGGCCUGCAUUGCCAGACAGCUCCCAGCAAUCCGAGGAUUUCUUUGCUGAUUUGGAUGAGUUAGAGGCAGACCCUCUCAAUUUAUUGUUUCCACAAGGAUUCAGUACAGAUCAAGAUGAGCGGAAGGAAAAGAAAGCCAUGGAUCCGUUUAGUAUGUUUGAUUGGUCAGGCGACGACGGCGCUUCUUUUUGAGAAGCCAAAAAGGGGUUUAUAGCAAGACCUUGAAGCAACAACUACUUUUCACAGUAAAAUACAUAGACUAUAAGUUAGCUUAAUUUGUGCAAAGCCAUUUAUGAGAUUCAAGGUCCUGCUAUAAACCUUCUUACAAUUAUUUUUUCCGUUUGAAUAGGAUUUGCGUGUGGGGGGAGAUUUUCUUUCUAUUUUUUCUACUUCUUUUGUUGUUGUUAUUGUUAUUAAGCAGAACAGUGAGGAGAUUAGGAAAAGAACCAAAAGACAGUGCCGCUGGACUGGGAGCAGACCCCAUGAGUCCCACAUUCCUUUUGGAAUAUUGGUGGAUGGGACAGAAAGCUGAGGAACAGAAGGUUUGAACAGUUAAAACAAGUACGUCCAUAUAUCAGACAUGACUGGAAAACUCAGUGUGGAGAUUGAUUUAGGAUGGGACUUGCCCUUUCUUCUUUCUUUUCUUUUCUUUUCAAGUGGAAAAAAUUAUUUAAGCUCCACCUUUGUCCAUGAAUGAUUUCAUUGGUUUGAUGGUAAAACAAAUAUUCAAUAGAAAAAAGCUUGACUUUUCUUGUCAAUCUUGUUGUCUAGGGAUGUGCAAAGGAGAGAGAAAUUUUUUAGUUACAAAAGCUUUGGGUUCCUCGGCUUU